AUGUCGACUUUAAGGCAACAAUCUGACCAAUACCAACAAUAUUUGGACGAUUUUCAAACGAAAUUCGAGCAAAACGUUCAAGAUUUCCUCCAAAGUACUACUUUAAAGUGUCUGGUAAUGGAAACCAGCGAUACAAAAGCAACCAUUUGGAACUUACUACCACAAGUGAGUGAAUUUUUCCUAUUGCAAUGGGCCGAUUUUGAGUUUUUGGUAAAUUCAAACAAUUUAUUGCCAAAAUUACCUCAACUAACAAUAAUCGAGAUUCAUAGUUUACAAAACGACAAUUACAAUAUAAUGGAUAAAUUGUUUUAUAGACUAAAUUUGAGUAAACGUAAAAUGAUGUUCAUUACAAGCCAAAAUGAGCUUUUGGAUGACUUUUUGCGAAAAGGCACUUUUUUGAAAAUCGACGAGUUCCACAACAAAACCUACAGCCUAAUCAACCACAAGGAAAUCGCUGAUAUAAACUUGGCAUCAAUGCGAGGUCUAGAAACUAAAGUCCUGACUUUACUAGAAAACAACCACCAUCCAGACAAGGCUUUAAUACACGCAGCAACUCAAGGUUACUACACUAUAGUGUUGACCUUAAUCGAAUAUAACGCAGAAGUCAACAUCUACAACAACCAAGGCCAAACACCGUUGCACUUGGCGUCAAAAAACGGACACUACUGCGUCGUGUAUGCGCUGCUUAAGCACCGCGCAGACGUCAACAGCAAAGACAACAACCAAUUUGCUCCAUUGCAUUAUGCCGCCAUCUUUGGACAUGCGGAUAUAGUAAGGCUUUUGUUGAAUAUGGACGCUUGUAUCGAUCCGAGGACUGCGGACGGAGACAGCCCUAUCGAUUUUGCUAAAGAGUACGGGCACCAGGAAGUGGUGCAACUGUUGCAAGAUUGUUUGCACGAGAGGGAGAUUUUGAGGCAAACGAUUAAGAUUAUUAAUAGGAAGAGUAUGAAGGUUAUUUAGACGAGCGUAGUUUAUUUUUUGAAAAUAUAGUCAUUUACUAACCUAGUUCUUGUUCUUUU